AAUGCAUUUAGCCCGCCCAGAACUAAAUCUUGGACUAUCAGGGCUUAUACCGCGUCUUUUGCCUUCUUUGAGGCCCUUUGGGAUGGAGGCGUCAGUCACGUCUUUGUUAAUCUGGGAUCAGAUCAUCCUUCGAUUCUGGAGGCCAUGGUGAAAGGUCAGAAGGAGAAGAAUGGCCGGUUUCCGAGAAUCAUUACAUGUCCCAACGAGAUGGUGGCACUUUCGAUGGCUGAUGGAUAUGCUCGUCUGACUGGUGAGCCCCAGGCGGUUAUCGUUCAUGUAGAUGUGGGUACCCAAGGAUUAGGUGCCGCGGUUCACAACGCUUCCUGUGGCCGAGCUCCCGUUCUGAUUUUCGCUGGUCUUUCUCCGUACACAAUUGAAGGGGAGGUCAGGGGUUCCCGGACUGAAUAUAUUCACUGGAUUCAGGAUGUGCCGGAUCAAAAGCAAAUUGUGUCCCAGUACUGCCGCUAUACCGGAGAACUGAAAUCCGGGAAGAACGUCAAGCAGAUCGUGAAUAGGGCCUUGCAAUGGGCUACUAGUGACCCGAAAGGUCCUGUGUAUCUGGUUGGAGCUCGAGAGGUCAUGGAAGAAGAGAUUGAACCAUAUCAAUUGAACCAGAAUGUGUGGAAGCCCGUCUCACCAGCCGCCCUGCCUGCAGCUGGAAUUGAGUUGAUCACAUCGGAGCUUGCCGCCGCCAAACAGCCGUUGGUUGUGGUUGGAUAUACUGGCCGACAAGCCCAGGCUGUGACUGAACUGGUCACACUGGCAAAUCACUUCAAGGGGAUUCGAGUCUUAGACACUGGCGGAAGCGACAUGUGCUUCCCUGCGAACCAUCCGGCUUGGUUGGGACUUCGGUAUCCAGGGCACGAGCUCGUACAAACGGCUGACCUGAUUGUGGUCAUUGAUUGCGAUGUGCCAUGGGUGCCUACCCAGUUCAAACCCUCCGAUUCGGCCAAGAUAAUCCAUAUCGAUGUCGACCCCCUCAAACAGCAAAUUCCUGUCUUCUAUAUAAACUCGAUGGCCACAUUCCGUGCAGAUUCCGCAACCGCACUGAAGCAGCUCAAUGAUCAUAUCGCCAUUACCGGCCACCUCCAACAGUACAUAGGUUCCACAGAGAAUGUUAACAUGGGCCAGCAACGCGAUAAGGAAUAUUUACAGCGAAAACAAGAGAUCACUGAUCUCGCUGCCCUACCAGAAGGUGGCGAUGGUGCGCCGCUGAAUGUUUCCUACCUCAUGGCGCAAGUUCGCAAGGGGUGUCCAGCGGAUACUAUUUGGGCGAUCGAAUCCGUCACGCUCACACACCCGGUAUCGGAUCAAAUUGGUGCAACAUUACCAAACUCCUGGAUCAACUGUGGCGGCGGUGGUCUGGGUUGGUCUGGUGGUGGUGCCCUUGGAAUCAAGCUGGCAUCGGAUAUGAAGAAUGGAGGCCCUGGUAAAGGGAAAUUUGUGAUACAAGUUGUUGGUGAUGGUACAUUUUUGUUUUCUGUUCCAGGCUCGGUCUACUGGAUCUCCCGUCGCUACAGUAUCCCCAUUUUAACUAUUGUGUUGAACAACAAGGGAUGGAAUGCCCCUCGGCGAAGUAUGCUGCUAGUCCACCCGAAUGGCGAUGGAUCUCGAGCUACGAAUGAGGACUUGAACAUCUCGUUUGCACCUACCCCGGACUAUGCUGGAAUUGCAAAGGCUGCAGCGGGUGGAGAGUUGUGGGCUGGCCGAGCGUCCAACGUGACGGAACUGUCACAAAAACUCCCCGAGGCAAUCCAAAGCGUCCUUGAUGGGAAGAGUGCAGUGUUGGAAGCCCAGCUGGAUGGAACUGUGGGGAAAUAUGUUGAAAAGUCAUAG